AUGUGCACUGUUUGUAACACAUCUAGUUGUAUGAUGUGUCAGAUUCGUAGAUGCUGUCAAUAUGGUUCUUUCGUCUGCAGUUUGCUGUAGAUUUGUACAAUGUAUCAAACGUCUUGUGCAGUCGUUUGCAAAUUACAGGCGUUGACAGACGUACUCAUCAAAGAGAAGGCAGAUUUCCUUGUACUCGUGACAACGGGUUUUCAUUGAUAUCAAUUUUAAGGCGGCAUGUGCUCCGUUGUGCGUGAAGUUGGAGUCCGCGUUUUUGCGGAUUGGAAUGUUCUUGCUGGACGAGUCUUGCGUCGACAGCCGCCGUUUCGAACGUUCUUGUCUGUAACUGUACGUCAUCAGCAAGCUCCUUUAUUUCUUCAAACGGCUGACUUUCAAGAACGUGGUAGACGAGAUGUGGAGCAGUUGACUGCUUGGAUAGAGACAUUAGAGUUGAACGAUAUGUUGGGAAUGAUUCAACUGGAUAGACGUGUGUUUGGAGCUAAACCACGACUGGACAUUUUGCAUAGGAUUGUUCUGUGGCAGAGAGCAAAAAGGAGAUCAGGUACAGCAAAAACUAAGACGCGUGGUGAGGUCAGUGGUGGUGGCCGUAAGCCGUGGCGACAGAAAGGAUCUGGACGUGCAAGGCAAGGUAGUAUUCGAGCUCCUCAUUGGAGAGGUGGAGGUGUUGUUCAUGGUCCAGUUCCUAAGAGCUACUACUACUCUUUGCCAAAACAAGUGAGAAGAUUGGGGCUAAAAGUUGCAUUGUCUGUCAAAUAUGCACAGGGCGAUCUUCAUGUCGUUGACAAGCUACAUGUAAAUUCACACAAGACUAGGGACAUGGUUUCUCUUCUUGAAGCAAAGAAAUGGAAAUCUGUAUUGUUCAUUGACAGUGGUUAUUUCCAAAAGAACUUUCGAUUGGCUGUGUGCAAUAUUCAGAAAGUUCAUAUUCUUCCUAGCAGAGGUAUCAAUGUGUAUAGCAUACUGCUUAGUGAAAAGACUGUCCUGUCAGUGAAUGCUGUUAAGACUAUUACAAGAAGGCUGACUGAUAAUCCAAGUUUAUAUACAUAUCAAUCUAGUGCAGAGGACAGAUCCCAAAGUUUGAGUGAACAGGAAUUGAGUUAAUUAGAAAAAAAUGUAAUGACCAUAACUAACUGUUUAGUAGACAUUUAUAUUUGCAUCAGACUACAGCUUGCUAUUCAUGAAGCC